AUGCCUAUGAUCAACGUUCAGAUAACACCUCUUUUAUGGUUCUAUCCACAUCAUUGUUUUUCUUCCUUUUCCCGAAAAUGCUCCUUUGUGUAUGGGGAUUGUUGGCAUGUUGGGCAAAAGCUACAAAGUCUCCAAAAUUAAUUCUAGGAGAUCGACCUAUACGUGCCAAAUUCAUAAAGUUUGCCUAUUGUUAUGUGAUUAAGAAAUAUAAUGAUUCAAAUCCUUUUACGGAAGAUAGUCCAGCAAUUGCGGAUCCAAAGAGCGAAGCUAGUUUAGGAAAUAAUAUGAGGCAUGGACUCGCAUUAAAUGGCCCAGGAUCCGCGUACUCCCUCCCUUGA